GCAGAGGAGGGGCGAGGAGGAGGAGGAGGAGGGAGCCGAAGCAGGAAGGAAGGCAGGCAAGAGAGGGAAGGGAGGCAGGCUGUGAAUGCUAACAAGCCCCGUCGUAAUCACACAGCUCCGUAGGUAGGGUUUGAUAUAUUUAUAUAUAUAUAUAUAAAAACGUCUUGCAAUGGAGAGGAACGACGACCACUAUUAAACACCUACUAUGCGCCAGUGCCGCGUUCGCCCUUGUGCGCGUGCAGCAGCCUCACCGUCGUCGGCACGUUUGAUCAGAAAAAAUAUCGUCUUUUUCCGCUGAGUGAAAUGUAUCGCGACUGCUCGGGAUUCACAUUCUGACAAUGGAGAUUGAAAAUAUCGUGGCCAACACGGUUCUCCUGAAGGCAAGAGAAGGUGGAGGAGGGAAGAGGAAUGGUCGCAGUAAGAAAUGGAAGGAGAUGCUUAAACUCCCCCACAUCAGCCAGUGUGAGGAGCUACGCCGCACUAUCGAGAGGGACUACACCAGUCUAUGUGAGAAGCAGCCCAUCGGUCGGCUGUUAUUCCGUCAGUACUGUGAUACCAGGCCAGAGCUGAAGCGCUGCAUAGAGUUUAUGGAUGCUGUGGCCAUGUACCAGCUAGCUCCUGAUGAGAAGAGGAGGGACUGUGGACUGAAUGUUUUAGACACAUACUUUAAUAAUGGGUCGGCAGCCCAUUUGCCAGACAUACCCCAGGAUGUGGUCGCUGGGUGUCGGGAAAGGCUGGAGCAAAGUCCGUGUAAGGAGCUCUUCAAUGACUGCACCAAAAUAGUUCGUGAUUAUUUGAGUGGAGCUCCAUUUUCCUCCUACCAGGAGUCCAUGUACUUCUCUCGCUUCCUGCAGUGGAAAUGGUUGGAGAGGCAACCAGUAACCAAAAAUACCUUCAGACAUUAUAGAGUACUAGGAAAAGGUGGAUUUGGCGAGGUUUGUGCCUGCCAAGUACGUGCCACCGGUAAGAUGUACGCCUGUAAAAAGCUGGAAAAGAAACGAGUGAAGAAAAGAAAAGGUGAAGCAAUGGCACUAAACGAAAAACGCAUUUUAGAAAAAGUUAACAGUAGUUUUGUAGUUAGUCUAGCAUAUGCCUAUGAGACCAAGGAUGCGCUGUGCCUGGUGUUGACCAUAAUGAACGGCGGUGACUUAAAGUUCCAUAUCUACAACAUGGGAAACUCAGGCUUUGACGAGCAAAGGGCCAUCUUCUACGCUGCUGAGAUCUGCUGUGGCCUUGAGGACCUGCACCGUGAGAGGAUAGUCUACAGGGAUUUGAAACCUGAAAACAUCCUCCUGGAUGAUCGUGGACACAUCCGAAUUUCAGACCUGGGUCUUGCAGUUCAAAUCCCUGAAGGAGAGACGAUACGAGGGAGAGUGGGCACUGUUGGAUACAUGGCUCCCGAGGUGAUCCAGAACGAGAGCUACACCGUCAGCCCAGACUGGUGGGGGCUCGGUUGCCUGAUUUUUGAGAUGAUACAGGGCCAGUCGCCCUUCCGCAAGCGCAAGGAGCGCGUCAAACGGGAGGAGGUGGACAGACGAGUUCGCGAGGACCAGGAGGAGUACUCUGAUAAGUUCUCAGAGGAGGCGAAGGACAUCUGCAGACAGCUCUUGGCGAAGGACCCCAAGGAGCGACUGGGUUGCCAAGGUCGUGGGGCCAUCGAGGUCAAGCAGCACCCCAUCUUCAGAAACAUCAACUUUAAACGGCUGGAGGCCAACAUGCUGGACCCUCCGUUCAGCCCUGAUCCUCGGGCCGUGUACUGUAAAGACGUCCUGGACAUUGAGCAGUUCUCCACUGUCAAAGGCGUGAACCUUGACCCCACAGACGACGACUUCUACCACAAGUUUGUCACAGGCAGCGUCUCCAUCCCGUGGCAGAACGAGAUGAUCGAGAUGGAGUGCUUCAAAGAAAUCAACGUCUAUGAGACUGAUGGGACGCUGUGCUCAGACCUGGACGUGAACCGGCCUAAUCCUCCACCAAAGAGAGGCUUCUUCUACCGCCUGUUCAGACGAGAGGCAAGUGCUAGUGCUCCGCCAACUGUCCGAGGGGGUGGGGGCUAAGGUCUGUUUUAAGAGCGGUUACAGUGACGACGAGAUCGAAGAGCCCUCGCGACUUUAAACCACUCCCUCCACCUGCCUCCUCCACCCUCUCUCUCCCCCCGCCCCCCCCACCCCUCGCCGCUGAACUUCACCACAAACUCCGAGUGCAAAUCUUAGGAACUCAGUGAAUGUUGACCUGUAUUUAUGAGCUGUAUUAAAAGUGUAUUAUAAUUAAAGAAAAAAGUAUGAGUUUAAAGAUUUUGUACAUUUGUACUUGAAUUUAUGUCUAGAUGUAUAUUUUCACUAAAGGUUGUAUUGUACAAAAAGCCAUAAAAGUACCACUUGAAUGCAUACAUUACAUUUUUAUUUCCUGUUUAUUUUCUUUUGGAAUGAGUAUGGAUAAUGUGUAUUGGGGAGUUUUUUUUUUUUUUUUUUUUUUAAGAAGCACAGUACUAGUAGUCUUUUUAUUUUUCUCAAUGUAGCAUAAGGCCUUUUUUGUUUUUAUAUGUGCUGUAUGUUUGUCAUUGAUUUGGCCGACGUGACGUUGUUGUUAGCACAUCAGAUCCACCCGGUCUCAAACUCUAACCCUUAGCUACUGCGCCUUUCAAGGCUCAGAUAGAUCUGAAUGAAACGUGUAGAUCCAAACAAUAUGGGGGAGAAAUAAAUCCAGUCUAACAUUGCUGUGUAGUAAACUCUCUUGUAGGUGCCUAGACCGAUUCUAGCAGAGAUGGCAUGGAUUUAUUUCUGACAGUCUUUUAGUCAGCAUGUGCAACAACAAGAAUCAAGUAAAAAAAUACAGUUUCAAACAUUACAGGCUUAUUAUUGAGGCUUUGUUUCCCGGAAUAUAAGGCCUGAUAAUUAGAAUUCUUGGAGCUUUCCAAACUCCUCACAUGAGUUGCAAAAGGCUCAGAACAUUAACUUCAGAUGCCAGACAGUGUUUCCUCUGGGAGCACAGCUGUUAAGUAAAAGUCUGUUACAUUAUUCACUCAGGCAUACCAAUGUUUGUGAUUUUUUUCCCCCCUAUUUUUUCCUGCUUCUUUUUGCUUCUACCUAGCUUUUCUUUAUUUUUAUUUUUUUCUGAUGUGUCCAGUUACUAUUGACCUCUUUCAUGUGCAGAGUGGAAAUCCUUUGCUAAGAAAUAUCGCUAGGACUGGUUGACUGGUAGAAGGAGUUUGAAACAUAGAGUAUGAUAAAGAUGAUUAUGGGACUGUGUCGGAGAUCUGACCUGAAGCUGACAAGGGCUUCAUUUAGAUAACAAAUUGCUAUUGCAUUAAACUAACUUCCAUUGAUUCAGCUGUCAGCAACUAUCAGCCUCUGCGCUGAGUCAAGAUACAACCUGCUUUGGCCUCUGUGCCUGUCGGCCACAUAUCCUGCUAGUGGACCUCCAGUUAGAUCCCGUGGCUUUAGCCGUGUUUGUAGUAGAUGAAAGUACCAUUUCCUAAUCGUAAUAUAGCACCCUCCUUUAACUAUACCAUCAAAAUCCUGAUGUUCUCUCAUAGAUUGACUUGAGACAGUUACUUGUGUGUGUUCAGACAGGGAGGAAACAUUGCAGUAUUUCCUCCCAAGUUCACCGAUCAUGAACAAAUACAUCUCCCCAUCGUGUUCUAAUCAGGAUUUGUUAUGUUCAAUUGGCAUUCAGAGGCAUUCGAUUAUGACUUGUGCUUUUGAGGCAGUCGCUGUUUACUCCCCACCACAUGUUUUAAUGCUGUGAAUACCCAAUCUGGACAUGUUAGCUUUGUGUGUGUGUGUGUGUGUGCAUUACACUGUAUGCAAAUGCAGCUUCUGUUCAAUCUAAUUCGUUGAAGAACAACAGUACAAUAGUUCAAAAUCAUGUCAGGACCUGAAUGUCACUGAAUUUGAAACUUAUUCCAGACGCUUACAUUUGAAAUGGUACGCAUAUAUAAAUCCCCCCCCAUCUCGUUGGCUUUCUCUAAAAGAUUUUGUCCCCUGUUGCACAUUCCAUUAUCAAAAAAAUCAGGAAUAGAACGUGUGCAUCUAGCUGUUGCUGGCUUGUCGUCACUUGAGUUUCUGAGUGUCUUUGUUUGUUUUGUUUUUUUAUCAUUAUUUUGAUUUUUUUUUUUUGUUGCUCUCAGGCACAUUUUGAAGCUGAUUUCUCUUGCCUAUGUAGAUUUUAGCCUUUUAGCUCUUUAGCCUCAAAAACCUUGUAAAUGAUGUAUUUCUAACAUGUAACUAAGCUCUAACACACAUUCACUCACUCUCACAGGGAAACUAAACUGUGUUUGCCACCCAUGCCUCUGUCAUUGUUUGACCUUUACUCUUAUACCAUCCAUAUAGCAGUAAAGAAAUCCUGUUUAGUUUCAUUGCACUAUGGUGGUGUUUUGACAAUGACUAUAGGAAAGUGUCUUUAACCUUUUUGCCAAUGAUACCAAAAGCAACACAUCAAGUAAAUCCAACUUGUUUUGUUAUCAGAAAAAUUAACUGAAGAAAGACUGUCAGCCUUUUUAUUGUACGUGCCAAUUUACCAGCUUCAGUUCUGACAUCCCGCCUUUUUUCAACCUCUUUAUCAUUCCGUCCACUCUGAGAGAAAUUCCUUCACAUAAAGGAACUUUAAACAGCUCAACAGUUUUGAAUGUCCGCACUAAGUGCAUUGUAAUGCCUGUUUUAAAAAAAAAACAAACAUAUGUUUUAUUACUCAAGCAUGUAUCGGUUUGUAAUACUUCAGGUUCCUUGUAUAUGUAAAUGAUGACCUUCUAGUGCCAACAUAUCUCACUGGUAUCUGAGGACAACUUUAUAAAUGGCAAGGUGACCAGCUGAGUUGGCCCCGUUUGAAUACAUAACCAGCAUUCCUUCUCUCCUGCCUUUCCUCCAAGGCGGUGAUGGUGAGUCUUCUCCUUUUUAAAAAGAAAAGAGAGAGAAGAAAAACAAAACAAAAAAAAAAGAAGUGCGAUGGCGCUCACCAGCAACGUUUAAGAAGCGAGAGAUCCUCAGUUCCUUGACGUCACUUGAGGCUAGUUUUGGAAUAACCACCUGAUAAAUGCCUGGAGGUUCUCCGGGGGUUUCACACUCCUCUUUGUCCAGAUAUGUCAGAUAUGUGAUGUUUUUGAGGAAUGACAAAAUGCGUCAUUGGUAUUCAAACGGGGCCUGGGACUUCUUGAUUUUUCUUCUUUUUUUGUAUCUGUACAGUCAUGUCGUUCAACCACUGCAGUCAUUGUUAAUUCUUGUACAAGUUGUAUCACUGGUUGUUGUACCAUAUCUGACAUUUGUAAUUAUGAAAUAAUACACUGCCAUUUGUAUAAAAAAAAAAA